AUGCAGCAGCAGCAGGGGAAGCGGGCGCGUUGUGGCAGCAGCAGCGACAGGCGGGACACACGCGGCGGCAGCAGGGGGGGCAGACGGCUUCUAAUCGCAGCAGCAGCAGCAGCAGCAGCAGCAGCAGCAGCAGCAGCAGCAAACGGGGCAUACGGAGCAGCAGACUGUUUAUGGCAGCAGCAGCAGCAGCAGCAGGGCGCAAUUGGCAGCAGCGGGGAAGACAAGGGUUUGGAAACAGCAGCAGCAGCGGGGCAGCAGCAGCAGCAGCGGGGCAGCAGCAGCACCAGCAGCAGCAGCAGCAAGGGAGACAGACCCUUUACAGCAGCAGCAGCAGCAACAACAGCAGCAACAAUAGCACGAGAAGUGGAAGCAGCACGAGGGUUGUCUGCAGAGGCUUUUUAA